AUGGGGUCUGAGGAAGAUAAAAAACUGACUAAGAAGCAGCUCAAAGCUCAGCAGUUCAGGAAAAGUAAGGAGGAAAAAGAUCAAGGGAAAGACGUAAAGCUGGAGCAAGCACAAGAGGGAAAAAGACCCAACAGUGCAGCUGGAAAUGAUGGUGAAGAACCUGUGAAGAAGAAAAGAAAAACACGUAGAGGCCGUGGUGGCAAAGGCAAAAAUGGCAAAAAGGGCAACAGAUUUAUUGUAUUUGUUGGCAGCUUACCCAGGGAUAUCACUGCUGCCGAACUGCAAAACCAUUUCAAAAACAGUUCACCAGACCAAAUCCGUCUCAGAGCUGACAAAGGUAUUGCGUUUUUGGAAUUCGAUGCUGACAAAGACCGCACCGGCAUUCAAAGACGUAUGGACAUUGCCCUGUUGCAACAUGGGACCUUAUUGAAGGAAAAAAAGAUUAACGUCGAGCUAACUGUUGGUGGAGGUGGUAACAGUCAAGAGCGUCUGGAAAAACUGAAAAACAAGAAUAUCAAGUUGGACGAAGAACGUAAGGAGAGGUUGACAAAGAUGAUUAACGACGGUAAUCAAAAGAAAAUGGCUAAAACUACUUCCACCGCAGCCCAAACAUCUGGAACAGACAAGCCUGUUCCUGCAGGAAUCCACCCUGAUAGAGCCAAAUUACUCAAAUGA